GAGGCACGCAAUCCAUAAGUCGUAUAAGAAGUAAUUGGUUUCGGCCAAAAUAGACGAUAGAGCGAGCUCGUCAACUACCCAUUUUUUCCACAACUCCGCCAGGUUACAACAAGCUCCUCUAACCACAACACACUCAACUCGAACAAAACAAAACAAACCAUAGAAAGCUCAACCACCACAGCCAUGGUAAACUUCCGCAUCGACGUCGUCUCAGACACAGUCUGCCCCUGGUGCUACGUCGGCCGCAAGCAAGUCCAGCGCGCCCAGCAAAUCUGGCAGCAGCGCUACCCUUCAUCCACCGACACCUUUUCCGUCAAAUACGCGCCCUACCAGCUCAACCCGGAUUCGCCCCGAGGCCCUGGCAACAGCCGCGACAAGCACGAGUACUAUCUUCAGCGCUUCGGGCCAGAGCGCACCGCCAUGAUCCACGAGCGCCUGACCGGCGUGGGCAACGCCGUCGGCAUCAACUUCAAGUACGGCGGCAAGCUGGGCAACUCGCGGGACUCGCACCGCCUGGUUCACCUGGCGAAGAAGUUUGGCGACGAGACGGAGCUCAAGGUCGUCGACGGGCUCUUUGCGGCGUAUUUUGAGAAUGAAAAGGACAUUACCAGCUACGAGACUCUCGGGGAGGUUGCCGUAGGAGCUGGCAUCUCUGAGGCUGACUUCAAGAAGGCCAUUGUGGAGAGUGAUGAGGGAGGCAAGGAGGUUGAUGAGCUGGCUGGAAGUGCGAGGUACAGGGGCAUCAGCGGCGUUCCGGAUUACACGAUCCAGGGCAAGUUUAAGCUGAGUGGCGCUCAGGAUGCUAUGGAGUUUGUCAACGUCUUUGAGAGGGUCAAGGCUCAGGAGCACUCAUGAUGCACAAGGAUAGAAGAAUUAUGAUAAAAAAUGGAAAUAAAUAAGCCUGGUUUAACUAGAGAUUAACGCUAUGGCACUAUUAAUAUCCAACAUUCGACAUGACCACGGGUAUAUCCAAUAAGCUAGCAAUCUCAGAUCUAUCUAU